GACCAGAGUUCUGGGAAAAGCUCGGUGCUGGAGGCAUUGUCUGGAGUGGCACUACCGAGGGGUAGUGGAAUCGUGACACGAUGCCCCCUAGAGCUGAAGAUGAAGAGAACAAGGGAGGAGGAUGGGUGGCAUGGAAAAAUCAGCUACCAGGAAACAGAGCAUUUCAUUGAAGAACCUGCAGAAGUGGAGAGGCUGAUUCGCGAAGCUCAAGAUGAAAUGGCUGGUGUUGGAGUUGGGAUCAGUCACGAGCUCAUCAGCCUCGAGAUAGCCUCCCCUGAGGUGCCUGAUCUGACACUCAUUGACUUACCUGGCAUCGCUAGAGUUGCUGUGAAAGGUCAACCUGAGAACAUUGGGGAGCAGAUCAAACGACUGAUCCAGAAGUUCAUCAAAAAGCAAGAGACAAUCAGCUUGGUGGUGGUUCCAUGUAAUGUUGACAUUGCAACGACUGAAGCCUUGAAGAUGGCUCAGGAGGUGGACCCUGAGGGGGAGAGAACCCUUGGCAUCCUGACAAAGCCUGACUUGGUGGACAAGGGCACAGAGGACACCGUGGUGGACAUUGUUCACAAUGAGGUCAUUCACCUCUCCAAAGGUUACAUGAUUGUUCGAUGCAGGGGACAGAAGGAGAUCAUGGAUCGUCUAACAUUGACUGAGGCCAUAGAGAAAGAGGAGGUGUUCUUCAAAGACCAUCCUCAUUUUAGCACGCUCUAUGAGGAGGGUCAUGCAACCAUUCCCAAACUGGCGGAAAAACUAACUCUUGAGUUAGUUCACCACAUUGAGAAAUCACUGCCUCGUCUGGAGGAGCAGAUAGAGGAGAAGCUUGCCGAGACACAGGCCGAGCUGGAGAAGUAUGGCACUGGACCACCCACCGAUCUUGCCGAGAGGAUGCAGUUUCUGAUUGAUAAAGUUACAGCCUUCACUCAUGAUGCUGAGAACCUGUCCUGUGGAGAGGAGCUGAAGUGUCCCAUUGACUUAAACAUUUUUUCUGCACUCAGGCAGGCGUUUGCUGCAUGGAAGGCAACCCUAGACAGUUCAGGGGAGAGGUUUAACAAAAAGAUCCACAGCCAGAUUCAUGACUAUGAGGUCAAAUACCGUGGCAGAGAGCUCCCUGGUUUCAUCAAUUACAAAACCUUUGAGAAACUGGUGAAGGAACAGAUCAGACUACUGGAGGAGCCUGCAGUGAAGAAACUUAAAGAAAUUUCAGACAUUGUUAGAAAAGCAUUCCUUCAGCUGGCUCAGAACAACUUUCUUGGCUUCCCUAACCUUCUGAGGACUGCUAAGGCCAAGGUCGAAGCUAUCAGGCAGGAAAAGGAGUCCACAGCAGAGUCCAUGCUGAGAACUCAGUUCAAGAUGGAGAUGCUUGUCUACACACAGGAUCGCACAUACAGUGAGAGUCUGAGUGAAAUUAAAGAGGAGGAGAAAGAUGAUUCAACUGAGGAUACUUAUCGUAACAGCUUGGUGUACAACAACGACAGUCAUGCUACCCUUGAGGAGAUGCUACUGCAUAUUAAGUCCUAUUACCGAAUUGCCAGUACACGUCUGGCAGACCAGGUCCCUCUGGUGAUUCGUUACUUGCUCCUCCAGGAGGCAGCGAAGCAGCUCAACAGAGACAUGCUGCAGAUGCUUCAGGAGAAAGAUUCAGCGGAGUCCUUGCUAAAAGAAGACUAUGACAUUGGCAGCAAGAGGACUGCACUGCAACAACGUGAAAAACGCCUGAUGAAAGCUCGCAGCUUUCUGGUCGGGUUUUAG